ACGGCCCGGCGGGGAGGGCGCUCGGCGGUCGAACACGAUGGCGGGAGGAGGCGGGAGCAGCGACAACGGCGGGAGGGCGGCGAACCGGCGAGCAUCGCGCAGCGGCGGGAGGGCUCGACGGGGGCGGCACGAGCCGGGGCUGGGAGGCGCGGCAGAGCGGGGCGCGGGGGAAGCUCGUCUGGAGGAGGCGGUCAACCGCUGGGUGCUCAAGUUCUACUUCCACGAGGCGCUGCGGGCCUUUCGGAGUAGCCGGUACCGGGACUUCAGGCAGAUCCGGGACAUCAUGCAGGCGUUGCUUGUCAGGCCCUUGGGGAAGGAGCAUACGGUGUCCCGGUUGCUGCGGGUUAUGCAGUGUCUAUCGCGCAUUGAAGAAGGAGAAAAUUUAGACUGUUCCUUUGAUAUGGAGGCCGAGCUCACACCCCUGGAGUCAGCUAUCAAUGUGCUGGAGAUGAUUAAAACAGAGUUCACACUGACAGACUCAAUGGUUGAAUCCAGCAGGAGACUGGUGAAGGAGGCUGCUGUCAUUAUUUGUAUCAAAAACAAAGAAUUUGAAAAGGCUUCAAAAAUUUUGAAAAAAUACAUGUCCAAGGACCCCACAACUCAGAAAGUAAGAACUGAUCUCCUGAACAUUAUCCGGGAAAAGAACUUGGCUCACCCUGUUAUCCAGAACUUUUCCUACGAGAUCUUCCAGCAGAAGAUGUUGCGCUUCCUGGAGAGCCACCUGGAUGACACGGAGCCCUACCUCCUCACGAUGGCUAAAAAAGCUUUGAGAUCAGAAUCAGCUGCUUCAAGUACAAUGAAGGAGGAAAAGCACACAGAGCCAGUGGAGAAACCACUCAGAGAGCCUCCACGACAGCCUCGGAACCCUCCAACCACCAUCGGACUCAGGACAGUGAAGGCAGCUUUCAAAGCUCUGUCUACUGCACAAGACUCAGAAGCGGCUUUUGCAAAACUGGACCAGAAAGAUCUGGUACUUCCUAACCUAGCAUCCCCAUCAUCACCGACCCACAAAAACAAGAGACCCAGGAAAGAUGAAAAUGAAAGCUCAGCUCCUGCUGAGGGUGAGGGAGGCUCAGAACGACAGCCCAGGAACAAUCGCAUGACAAUAAGCAGAUUGGUGUUGGAGGAGGACAGCCAGAGUUCUGAGCCCAGCCCAGACCUCAAUUCCUCCCGGCAGGCCUUAUCAGCAUCACCAUCCAAGCCCAGAGCUCUCAACCAACCCCACACAGGGGAGAAGAAUCCCAAAGCAUCGAAAGACAAGUGGAACAGCCCUAACGGGCUUGAAGAAAAGGAAGUUUGGUCGGAAGAGGACCAGCUGUUUGAAGUGCGGGCACCAGGUGAAGACAAGUCAUCCAAUUUAGCAAGAAAGCAGAAGUGGACCAUAGAAGAAAGCGAGUGGGUGAAGGAUGGAGUGCAGAAAUACGGGGAAGGAAACUGGGUUGCCAUUUCUAAAAGUUACCCCUUUGUUAACCGAACAGCUGUGAUGAUUAAAGAUCGCUGGCGGACCAUGAAAAAACUUGGCUUGAACUGAGAAAGGUUUUCAGAGCCACAGGACUCACAAGAACAUGAUUCUCAACAGUAGUCCCUGAGGCUGUGAUGUCUCCUUCAAAAGCUGGAGAAUUGCGGCAACCUCCUCCUGUGCUGGGAGGUCCGGGGACACUCCUGUCACUGUUGAUGGAGAUCAUGGAGCUAAGCGGCAAAGCCAGGUCUACCCAUGGCUGCGGCAGAGGCGCGGGCAGGCACAUGGCUUGUACAGUGCCGGAACAUCAUUAGUGUUUCCCUUCAGUGGUUUGCUUCAGUUUGAAUCCCUAGUAACCCAGAAGUCUUCUAAGAAAUGACGGAAUCCAUUAGGAGCACAUAGGCUCUCAUGACCUGUUAAAACCAGAAAUGAGAGUCAUCGGGAAUAAACUUAAUCCUCAUUGAGUUUUGGACUCUGACUCAAAUACAAAGGAACUCCGUGUGUUGAACCCAGAUGAGAGAUU